UAGAUGCUCGCCGUCUUGUGUUCUCUUAGUUUCUCACUGAGCGAGUGAUAUUUGUUUCGGUUAGGGGACACGGCCUGCAUGUUUUUAUCCACACUGUUGCGCUCUGUUUAGUUUUUGGCUCCGCUUCACUCAUUCAUCCUCUCCGGCACGCUGCUGCUGCUCCAUCCCAUUCUCCUCGCUGACUUCCCCGGCUCUCACAGUUUUCCCGCCGAGACUACCGAUACCGUCAAUAGCACCAAGAAUGGUCAUGGGGUCGACAGAGACACAGUGGCGUCAGGCAGAGCUCCCACAGCUCCAGGGCUGGGCAGAGAAGGGAUUGCUGACGCAGCCAAAGAUGAUCAUCAGUAACAUGGACGCUCCGGUGACAAACGGCCCCAGUGGGGGGGGCAACACGUCCAACGGGCCGACCACCAACAGCCGCGGCUGCCCCUCGCCCAUGCAGACCGGCCAAUCAAACGACGACAGCAAGACCAACCUCAUCGUCAACUACCUGCCGCAGAACAUGACCCAGGAGGAGUUUCGCAGCCUGUUCGGCAGCAUCGGAGAGAUCGAGUCCUGCAAGCUGGUCCGCGACAAGAUCACAGAGCACCAGGCUGGCAGGCAGCGUGGAUCACCGAGCCUUUCCCCGAUAGCAGGACAGAGUCUGGGCUACGGCUUUGUCAACUACAUCGAUCCAAAGGACGCAGAGAAAGCCAUCAACACGUUAAAUGGACUCAGACUUCAGACCAAAACGAUCAAG